ACGUUUUUGGCUUUGAAUGUUGUGACUUAUGACUUGUGUUGUGUGUAACUGUGUAUCAAAAAAUCAAAAAUACAUUCCUGAAUCCACAAGUUUAAAUCUUAGUUUACUGCUUACAUUUUAUGUAUUUAAUAUUCAAAACUUUUGAAAUUUCAGCAGUUCAUUUUUCUUUCUUGUAAAUCAAUCACUCAUGUCUAUAUGCUAUAAUGGAUACAACGAAAGUCCGAAUACGUCAGGGCCUGAAGUGACGAUUUCUGGCGCCAAUUACAUUCAAGAAAACUCAUUUAGUUUCGAAAAAAUAGCUCAGGUUUGCCUAGAACGUAUCAAUAUAUCAAAGUAUGUGAAGUCACUAGAAGCCAAUAUCGAAACCAGUAAUAAUGAUAUUCCAAAUGCUGAGAAUAAAGACAAGCUAGCAGAAUUCACCAGAAAUUGCUCAGUGCGACUGGUUCGCAAUGAUUUAAACGCGUUGAGGGACUUAUUGUUUAAAAACUUGCACAAUCUGAAAUGUGACAUUUGUGAUAAGGUUUAUACUAGUGAAAAAAAGUUAAAAAAGCAUAAAGAAAAUAAGCAUUUGCUUGUGCAUGACGAGAAAUCUCUGAAGCGAGUCUCGUUUUCAGACAAAGUUAUAGUUCAUGAAAUCAAUGAAUAUCACCGGUGUAGAAAGUGUUCAAAGAUAUUUGAACUAUAUUCAACUUUAAAAGUUCAUAUGAGGCGUGAACACAAAAAGCGUAAGUGCUACAUUUGUUAUUAUUGCACUAAGAAAUUUGUUGAUCGCAUGUUCUUUAAAGUACAUAUUAAACUACAUUGCGAUGUUUGUGGUUGUUUUAUGGCGAAUAAACACAAAUUGAUGGAACAUAAACACAAUGUCUGUAAAAUGGUUCAAGAAUACAAAUGUAAAAGAUGUGAGGAUAUAUAUUAUUCAUUACUUGCUCUGCAAGAUCAUAUGUCCAGUCAUGGCACAGCAUUUGUUUGCGAUAUUUGUAAAGAACAAUUUGAAAGUAAAUGCAGACUUGCGUACCAUAUUAAAUUCUUACAUUCAAAAUAUUUGAUGGACUUAUAUACAUUUAAUUUGGGGACAUAUCAAUGUAACUUUUGCAAUGAGAGUGCGGUUGAACAAGAUAUAAUAGAAAAACAUGUUUUACAUCUUACAGAAUUAAAUAAAUCUCGAUCCCAAAGAAAGUUCACCUGCGAUCACUGCAUAGCCAAAUUUUUAUCAGAAGCUGAAUUAUUCAAACAUAAAUUAACUCAUAACUUGGAUUUACCUGAAAAAGGACCUAAUUGUAAAUCAAAGAUUGAAUUUAAGUUUAAAGUAGGAGACCCAUUGCCAGAUCACUUUAAGCCUGAAGUAGUUUUAAAUAGAAUUCAAAUUCCUGAAGAAGUGGCAGAUGAACCACUGGAUUAUAUAGAAAUACCAAAUGGUUUGGAUGUGGAUCUUAAAAAGGCUCUUAUUGAUCCAAUAUCAAAGAAAACACUUUUAUCAAAAUAUCAAUGCACAAUCUGCACAAGGUACCUCUCAAAUAGCUAUGGUCUAAAACGCCACAUGGCAACAGUACAUAAAGAUACAGUACAGAAUACAGAUGAUCUAAAAUGUUAUACGUGUGAAGAGGUGUUUGCGUGGCCAUCGCUACUGCACACACACAAUUGUAUCCGAAAUAAUAUACCAGACCCACCAUUUAGUGAUGCGAGGCCAGAAAUUGAACUACAAGAGAGUGACGAUUAUUUUGAAAUCCCACCACCCAUUGUGGAAUUGACAGUUUAUGAUGAGUGCGUUAUUCGGCCUGGGAAAAUGUGUAAUAGUGGUUCAUAUACAAUUGUCAUGGAGGAAGUUCCUAUAGAAUUCUAAUAAUCUCGUUAUCUACCAAUAAACGUGUCUCUCUGAUUGUUACAUCAAGUUUUUAAAACGGAAAUUUAAUUAUGGGAUUUUCGUAAUUUUAGAUAAAAAUGACAUUUUCUGGGAUCAUAUCCCACAAACUGAAGUAAUGUUAAGUGAACUUGACAUAUGCAUAUGUUAGUGUAAAUAUUAGUAGAUGGUAAUAACGGACUACGUAGAAUGUUGUCAUUAUUUUUUUUAAUAUCGGCUCGGAAUGAUCGUGUUAAUAAUGCAGACCAUAAGAAAACGUUCCAAUCGGAAUCGAAACUUAAAAAUAUAGUUGAUUUUGUUAUAUCUGCCUGAUACUAGAAUAUAUUCCGGAUCUAGCUAAGAUUAUGUUUCUGUUAUAUUUUUAUAUUUUAUAAUUUGUAUUUAACCAAUCGGAAAAGUUAAUAGUUGGUUCUAAUAAUACAGAUAGUUUAUUUGCUGGCUGAAUAUUGUUUUAAUUUGCUUGAAUUUGUUAAGUUCAUUCUUAAGCCCAACAAGGAGAAAACUAAACUGGAUAAUCGUGCUAAGUCCUAGCAAACUGUAUUAGAUUUUAAUAUGGAACUUAAUUAUAUAAUUUCCGAUUGUGUAAUCGAAAAUGUUUAAAUAAUUUAAGUAUAAAGUAUAAAUUCAGUUG